CAUUUCAUCAGCACAAGAUGUCCAAACAUUUCUCCACCUUCCAAACGUGGAUCUAAACAUGACAGGCGUCACACAUCUUUGACUUUUAAGCGACUUUGAUCCAGUCCGUGACAAUUUCAACAAAGCGCCAAUUCAUCUUUAGCAACAUCCAAGCAAAAGAAACCGCCUACGCGGCGCAGUUUGGCUUUCACCUGUUUGUUUGUUUUUUCUAUAGAGACCAAUGUUUUGGUUAUAAUUCGGCGUAUUAUAUUCAAUGUAUCUGUCUGUCACUACGCCCAGCGAUUUCUAAAGAGGCUUCAAUCAUUUUGAGACUAUGGAAUCUGCUGUUUUCCAGCUAUAAAGAGACAAAACAAAAACAACAUCUGGAUAGACAUGGAGGCCAUUUGGCUUUACCAAUUUCGACUGAUUGCCAUCGGGGACUCCACUGUUGGAAAAUCAUGUUUAAUUAGGAGAUUCACGGAGGGCCGCUUUGCUCAGGUCUCUGACCCGACAGUCGGGGUGGAUUUUUUCUCUCGCCUGGUGGAGAUUGAACCUGGGAAACGCAUUAAACUACAGAUUUGGGAUACUGCGGGCCAGGAGCGCUUCAGGUCUAUUACCAGAGCUUACUACCGUAACUCUGUAGGAGGUCUGCUGCUGUUCGAUAUAACAAACCGUCGUUCCUUCCAGAAUGUUCACGAGUGGCUAGAUGAGGCACGCACCCAUGUACAGCCCCACAGCAUUGUCUUCCUGCUAGUCGGUCACAAAUGUGAUCUGGAACCACAGCGUCAGGUGUCCCGACAAGAGGCCGAAAAGCUAGCUGCUGCGUACGGUAUGCGCUACGUGGAGACUUCAGCGCGUGACGCAAUCAACGUGGAGAGGGCAUUCACAGAGCUAACACGGGAAAUAUUCGAGUUGGUGAAGAACGGGGAGAUUAGCAUCCAGGAAGGCUGGGAGGGAGUGAAGAGCGGAUUUGUACCGAAUGUGGUGCAUUCCUCAGAAGAAGUGACAAAGGGUGACCGUCGAUGUUUCUGUUGAGUCAGCAAUCACCACCCUGGUGCCUAUCAAAUGUUUGGGCCCUGGUGGUCAACAGGAACGCUUCCUCAAAUCACAGGGUCAUUAUUAAACUCCCUGAUUAUGACAUCCCCACCCCUUUCCUGCCUGCUGAAUGCCUAAAGUCCCAACACGCCCAAUUCGUCCUCCACUUUUCCAUACUACUUUGCUAAUGUCCCGAAUCACACAACCUUGUAUAUGGCCGAACAAAACUAGUCUCAGACUCUUGAGAAUAAAAGGUUAGUAUGUUCCUAUUUUUGAAACCUCACUGAAUGAAACCUGACUGAAUCAGAACUAUAGCUGCACUUUAAUUGUAUUGGCACUUAACCACCUCCAGAUGUCUUCUAUAAGUUGUAUGAUGGGAGAAAUAAUUUACUAACACAAGUUUUACUAUCUGACUGCACUGAAGAAUGCAGGGAAACCUACUUCUUUUGACUUGAAGAUCUCAGACUUGAACAAUGUGAUAGCUGGGGGUGCGACUGAUUAUCGACUUUUAGCUCCAGGGAUAAAAGGGAGGAUGUACGGCAAUACAACAUGAAGAACUAGAACUUGGCAAACACCUGCCGUGUAAUGUUUCAAAAUGAUUCCCAUAUUAACACAAACUUGAGUUUCGAUUAUCAAAGUGGUUUCAAAUGAUUAUGUCACUCACAUGGUAUGAUAUAACCCAUUUAAAGAUCUAGUACAAAUGUAUGUCCUCUUAUUGCUGUUACAAAGGGACUAGUGAAAGUCUGUAUGUGCAAGUGUAAGCCACAGAUGGAUUAGUAAAGUUUGGGUGCAUUGUUUAACUAAUAACAACUCUUAUCACACAUUACCACUGGAGGCCUCUGGUUUUUACCAGAAUUACAAAGAAAACCUUAUUCUCUUGUACUUAAGUAAAUCUUUACACUGUUUAACCCAAAGAGUGUUUCUUAUGUUACAGUUUGUGAUUGUACCAUCUAAUAUGAAAAAAGCAAGCUCCUCCUCUAGGUUUUCUAACUGCCCAUUGGGGGUUAUAAUAUGUACGCAUAGCCACACAAAACAUGUUUUCAGAGAGCUUGCAUUUCCAUGUACUGUAUUUAAAAACUACUUUAUUCAACUACAUGUAAUGUAUUUACUUUCUGAAAUUACUUGCUCUUCAUCUUUCACUUUCAAGCCCACAGUUGAUACAGUCCACAAUGUCACACAAUGGACUGAGCAGGUAAUGUGUCACAUAGCUUGAUGAUAUAAUAGUGAAGUGCCAGAGGAUUUUGUAUUGGGUUUACCACUUGCUUUCUCUCUGUAUGCUUUUUGAUGUUGGAGUGGUUUGGAUUUGCAAGCACUACCAACUCCAUUUCAACUCAAUUUCACUUAAUUUGAGGCACCCUGUACCUCUUUAUCAAGGGAACUUGAAAUCUACUACAAAUUAAAGUAAAAUGUUAAAAAAAAUUCUGGUUGUGCAGUCUGAGACAAAUUUCUACCCACUCACCAAUAUAAUUCUGGGUAAUGUUAGAAUAUUGUAAUUUUAAAACAACAAUGGAGACCCUAAUGUUGUACCAAGAGAAUGUAAUUGCAGGGCAAGAGAAGUUGACUUUCUAGUUUUCAGUACUGUAACCUAAAUG